AUGGGUUACAUUACCGAGACCGACAGUGACGAGUACAUGGCCACAAACUUCUCGAAUGCUUUGGCUAUCCCUAUCAUUGGAGAUGCCUACCCAGCCCUUGGCGCUGGAGCCCACCAAUCUUACGGCAAGUUCUCGGAGUACUUACAGAAAAACACCAGCUCACCUCAGACAUAA